CGCAAAAGGACGAGGAACCCCGCUCCUCCCCAGCGGGCCCGGCGCCUGCGCGCUGCGGGUUCCUGGGCCUCCCCGCCUGAAGGAGAGGAGCAGGGAAGAUGGCGGCUGUGGUGGAAAAUGUAGUGAAGCUCCUCGGGGAACAGUACUACAAAGAUGCUAUGGAGCAAUGCCACAACUAUAACGCCCGCCUCUGUGCCGAGCGCAGUGUGCGCCUGCCUUUCUUGGACUCACAGACUGGAGUGGCCCAGAGUAACUGCUACAUCUGGAUGGAAAAGCGGCACCGGGGUCCAGGAUUGGCCUCUGGGCAGCUGUACUCCUACCCUGCCAGGCGCUGGCGGAAAAAGCGGCGAGCCCACCCCCCUGAGGAUCCACGACUUUCCUUUCCAUCGAUUAAACCAGACACAGAGCAGACGCUGAAGAAGGAGGGGCUGGUCUCUCAGGACGGCAGCAGUUUAGAGGCUCUGUUGCGCACCGAUCCUCUGGAGAAACGGGGAGCACCAGAUCCCCGAGUUGAUGAUGACAGCUUGGGCGAGUUUCCUGUGACCAACAGUCGAGCCCGGAAGCGGAUCCUAGAACCGGAUGACUUCCUAGAUGACCUUGAUGACGAGGACUAUGAAGAAGACACCCCCAAGCGUCGGGGCAAGGGGAAAGCCAAGAGUAAAAGUGUGAGCAGUGCCCGUAAGAAGCUGGAUGCUGCCAUCCUGGAGGAUCGAGACAAGCCCUAUGCCUGUGACAAUAGUUUCAAACAAAAGCAUACCUCGAAAGCGCCCCAGAGAGUUUGUGGAAAACGUUACAAGAACCGACCAGGCCUCAGUUACCACUAUGCCCACUCCCACCUGGCUGAGGAGGAGGGUGAGGACAAGGAUGAUUCCCAGCCUCCCACCCCUGUUUCCCAGAGGUCCGAGGAGCAGAAAUCCAAGAAAGGUCCUGACGGAUUGGCCCUGCCCAACAACUACUGCGACUUCUGCCUGGGGGACUCGAAGAUCAACAAGAAGACAGGACAACCCGAGGAGCUGGUGUCCUGUUCUGACUGUGGCCGCUCAGGGCAUCCAUCUUGCCUUCAGUUCACCCCCGUGAUGAUGGCAGCAGUAAAGACCUACCGCUGGCAGUGCAUUGAGUGCAAGUGCUGCAACAUCUGCGGCACCUCCGAGAAUGACGACCAGCUGCUCUUCUGUGAUGACUGUGACCGGGGCUACCACAUGUACUGCCUCACCCCUUCCAUGUCUGAGCCUCCGGAAGGAAGUUGGAGCUGCCACUUGUGUCUGGACCUGUUGAAGGAGAAAGCUUCCAUCUACCAGAACCAGAAUUCCUCUUGAUGUGGCCCCCUCCAGCCCCCUACCCCCAUCCCGUCUGUGGCUGUUUCUCUCCUCCUCUCUUGUUUUCCAUACCCACCCACCCCCCUUCUCUUUUACAAGUCCAGAGAACUUGGGGUGGAUGUGCCAACCUGCCUUUGGCAGCAGCAAGCUGAGGUGGCAGUUCUUGCCUCUGGCCCCAGGCCCUCAGGGAGAAAGGAGCAGCACAUUGCCCCAAGGCACACCUGGGCCUGGCUCUCACUGCUCUCCAUGAAGUGCAUUCACUCUGCUUGCCUUGGGCCCAGGCCCUGGUGGUCACAGGGUUCAAACUGUCCUCCGAGAAAGGGUGGGAGAGCAGCUCACUCCUCUCUCAGCUCUGCCUCCACUCUGGUCUCCAGGGUUUUCCCUCCCCCAGAGGUGAGCCAGGCCGGGGUCUCUGCCAGAAGCGGUUGGGUGUGAGUGACUGAGCAAGUUAAGGUAGGGCUCACAAGGAGCUUUCCAUGCCCUUUGUGCUGCUUGGCCUCACCACCUCCUUCCUCCAAGAGUGACUCUGUGGCCCUCUGUUCCUGCCACGGAAGAUCCUUUGCCCGAGCUUGGACUCUCUUGGUCACCCUCCUGGCUCGACCCCCAGCCCUCCCCACCCCAGGGAGAGUAGUACCUUCACCCUGAUCUUCCCUGGGCUUGCCUGGCUCACUCACAUGCCAUCUCUAGUGACCGAAGCAUUCCCCACCCUUGGAAUUUCCUGACUUCUGCCUCCCCUCCUUGUUCCUUUGGGUUUUGGUGGGGAGAGGGGAAACAUCAGCCGGCCAGGUCAGCAGCUUGGGGGCCACAGGGAGAUGUUGGAUAAUGUGCCUGUUUUUUAACUCAACAUAAAAGCCUACCUCCAAAAUCCCCUUUUUGUUCUUCCUGGACCCGGGCAUUCUGCCUCCUGCCCUUAACUGAACUGGGAGCCUCUGCCUCCUGCCCUGUGUGUCCGGCUGCUGGGUCAAGGAAGCCACAUAGAUGCCCUUUUGUUCCCCUGCACGCUUGCUAGCAGCUGGUAAGGUCUUCAUGCCCUGAUUCCUCAGUUUUCUGCCUGGUGGCACUGACGUUAAGCAGUGCGGGGACAGUUCAUGCCAGGGUACCCUGGAGUGGUUUUCCCCUUGGCUGUGGGCAGGCCCUAAAUCACUUUGGAGUUGGAGUAUCUUUUUUGUUCUUUCCCCCUGUAUUGUAAGCAUUAGGACAAAUAAACAUUUUUACGUGGA